ACAUUUGAAUUCUUCAAUCUCUCCUCUCUCUAUAUAUUCCACUCUCUUUCUACUCAUCAUCAUCAUCCAAGUUAACUGAACUGAACUUCUCACUCUCAAAUCAUUCAUCAUCAUCAUCUAUGGCAGAAAUCUCAACAAUCGAUCUCAUCAGACAACAUCUCCUAGGCGAAUUCUCACCUGUUUAUAACAAUUCCAACCACACUACUACAACCUCUCAAUCUGAUUCCAUCACCAUCUCCGAUUACCUAGAAUCUGAAUCUAAGAUGAACUUUCUCGCUUCCACGAAAGCGGUUACAACAAGUUUCGCUAAUCGGAAACCGAUAUUAACACUAGAUCUGCCUACUAAACCAGCGGUUACGGUUACGGAAUCAAGAUCUGAGAUUGAAGAGGAUAGAAGACACUACAGAGGAGUUCGUCGGAGACCGUGGGGGAAAUACGCGGCGGAGAUUCGAGAUCCAAAGCGUCGUGGAUCUAGAGUUUGGUUAGGAACAUUCGAUACCGCUGCUGAAGCGGCCAAAGCUUACGAUCGCGCUGCGUUUGAUAUGAGAGGGAGUAAAGCGAUUCUUAAUUUUCCAUUAGAGGCUGGGAAAUGGAAUGUUGAAGAAGUUCAACCGUCUACUUCCGAUGAUUCUUUACCGGCGCCGGCGCCGGAAAAUGGUAGAAAGAGAGAUAGAGAAGAUGAAGGAGAGGAGAAAACGGUUAAGAGAGAAAAGACGGAGUUUCCAUUAACGCCGUCAAGUUGGAUGGGGGUUUGGGAUCAGAAUAAUAGUGGUGAUAUCUUUAAUCUGCCGCUGUUAUCACCGUUAACUCCUUCAUUUUUUAGUUUUCCAAUGCUUAUGGUAUUGUAGAAGUAAUAUUAAUAUGAAUUGAAAUUUGUUAAAUUUGUUUUAAAAUUAUAAAUUAUUUGAAAAACUUAAAUUAUAUUGAUAAGA